UGUGGCGCGCGGGGCAGCACGCUGUACCAUGCGAGCUAAACUCGCCGGACGUGGGGAUGUGGGCUCGAGCUCGACGGUGACGCGCAUCACCCCAGUGCACGCGGAGGGAAGCGAUUUUCCAGGAACUUUGGAGCGGAGGGUCCGCGGGGAAACAUGGCCGAAGGAGGGCCAGGCGAAGGCAAAGGUGGCGGCGGGGACCCCGCCAAGACCCCCGGUCCAGAAGAGCGGACCCAGUCAGGCUCCGGCUACUGCAAGUGGUUCAACGUUCGCAUGGGCUUUGGAUUUAUCUCGAUGACCCACAGCGAGGGGAGCCCGGUGGAGCCUCCACUGGACGUGUUCGUCCACCAAAGUAAGUUGGUGAUGGAAGGCUUCCGGAGCCUGCGUGAAGGGGAGCAGGUGGAGUUUACCUUUAAGAGGUCCAGCAAAGGGCUGGAGUCGCUCAGGGUAACCGGGCCUGGCGGGGGCCCCUGCUCCGGCAGCGACCGACGGCCCAAAGGGAAGGCCCCGCCCCUCAAACGCAAACCAAAGGGAGACCGGUGUUAUAACUGUGGAGGCCUGGACCACCAUGCUAAAGAGUGUGGCCUGCCACCUCAGCCAAAGAAAUGCCACUACUGUCAGAGUGUAAUGCACAUGGUGGCCCAGUGUCCCCACAAGGGGGCGCUGUCACCCUCCACUUCUCAGGACCCCCACCUCUCCUCCGCAGCCUCCACGCAGUCACAGGAGGAGAGCAGCCGCUCGGGCUCGUCCCCCCGCGAGGGCCCGUCGUCCUCUCCGGAGGAAGCGUAUCAGCGCGCCGCUCACGGCCAGCGAUGGAGAAAAACUCGAGACUGACUGCAAGCUCACCGCUGAACUUUCUGACCUUUCACCUCAUUCUGAGAGAGCCUGGAUCCAGCACCGUCUACCUCACGCGCUCGAGUAACAGGGGAGGUCCUCUCUUCCCGCGCAGCUACGGCAACGGUCCUCGCACCUGUGUUUGUGUGUGUGUGUGUGUGUGUGUGUGUGUGUGUGUGUGUGUGUGUGUGUUUGACACCUUGACUUGCCCUCUAUGCAACUACGGCACAGGUUAACGGGGGGUAACUGAGGUGGGGUGCAUGUUUUUGUGAGCAUAAGAAAUUUUUCUCAGCUCGUCAAAAGAAGUCGUCUCGAACGGCCAAGACUGACGUGAAUGUGAAUCUGGGUUAUAGUCUUUAUCUUCACUCAGCUAAUUAAUCAGCCCAUUCGUAUCACUGAGCUUUACAAAGGCACAAAUCACAAAACCCUUUUUUUUCCUUUUUAUAUGCGUCAACAUUCCUUCACCUCGUAAAAAGCAUUCCAUUUAGUUUCGACUUUAAAAGUCAAAGCCAGUAAGCAGCCAGACGCUCAGGAGCAUUGACCAAAAGAUGGCUAAUGCUAACGUCUGUGACGGCAACCACUCAAAAAAACCCCCAAAAAACCCAAAAACCCUGAAUUGAAGCGUUCCGGACUGUGUAGAAGUCAGAAGGCCACUCUUUGGUUAUUUAAGGAUAAGAUAUUCAUAUUUCAGCAUCAGGAAAAUGGAUAUUUAACAGCAACUAAAUAUCAUAGCAGUUUUUUUUUCCCUGAAUUAUUUUGUGCACUCCUUACAUUCCUACUUUCAGUUCUUCAAAGAAAUCUGCAGGGAAAUUUUUCCACACUUCCAAAGUUCAGUCUUAGAAGUUGGUCGCAUUUUCUGCUAAUAAUCCCAAAUACAAAUGCAGACCCAUCAGCACAAUAAAACCUGUUUAUGGGUUGUUGUGCUUUUAUUUUUGCUUGAUUUUUUUCCCCCCUUCCUUCAUGCAAGGGGAUUUUUUCAUAUGUAAUCUCCUCGUCUGAAAAAUGAAUGUAUUGUGCUUCAGCUCUUUUGAAGGGAUAUUAAAUAACUCAAGGGUGGAGUCUGACCACACAGUACUGCAGGCCUGUAGUGCACAGUGAGACGAAAAACUGUUUACACCUGGCAUUUCCAUGCGUCUCCCGUGACCACUUAAGAUCAGAUUUUGUGACUGGAGGAAGGGUACGGUGCACGUUUACCACGUCUUUCUCUCAAAAGUGACCAGCAAAACUUUGGACAAAACUAUGUACAAGCUGUCACAGACAUUUUG